AUGUUUAAUGGAGAUAAUGGCUCACUUCCAUGUUAUAUUGCUGAUGAACCAGUAUUAAAUACAUCAGAUCAUUUUCAAGUAGAAUGGAACGAAAAACUAUCGAGAAAAAUGACUCUUUCCCUAAAUGCAUUUAAUAAGAAUGGAUUACGAUAUCAAAUUGGCAAUCAAGAAUUAGAAAUUCCAAUUGAAGCAAUAAUUGCAGGGAAAACUCCCACACAAUCAGUGCAAAUUACAUCUAAAGCUGGCACAUUUUCGAUUUGUAUUAAAUUUGAAAAAGGAAUAUUCACAGAAGAAACUCAAAAUCCAAAUUCCACAAGUCUGAUGUCUCUUAUUAAGCCAAUCGAACUAUAUUCGGAAUUAAUAUCAUCUUUACGUCCAAUGCCUGAUACAAUUCAUCCAGCAAACGAUCUUUGGAGUUCUUCAGGAUUUUCUUUGAUUUUCGACUCUUUUUCAAAGUCAGAUCUUGUACUUGAAGAAAUUACUCAACUUGAAGAGGUUCAAUACGCUUUAGAAAGCAAAAAUAACAAUAUUCAUUGGACUGCAAAAUUAAUUUCUUUAACAAUACAUUUGAUGCUAAAUAAGCAAAGAUUGUACAUCACCGAGAAAGGUGAUAUAGGAUUAGAGCCAAAUCUUACAGGAAUUAAGCGUUUUCCGCUUCUUGCAGUUGUUAUUUGUUAUUACAUCAAAACAGGGAUAUCUAUUAAAGAUGAUAACUUAGAUUCCAUCAUUAUGCUUAUUUGCAAUAUCGUUUGCACAAAAGAAACAAACGAUGAACUGAAUUAUUACAUUUUAACUACAAUUUACACAAUCAAGAGAUAUUUAGAAUCCGAAUUCAGCAAGAAAUACCCUACAAUUAUUGCUGUUCUCCAAUCCGCUUCCCAAACAGCGCUUUCCAAUUUUCUAAUUUUCUUUUUAGACUCUGUUCCACCGAUAACCCAUGAUUCCAAGCAAGUUACAGCACUGUUAAAGGACUGGAAGAUGAGUUUCAUAGAAAAUGGCUUCGGAGAAAACUUUGUCAACUCAAUAAUGAAAAUGAUGUUCAAAAUUACUGAUUUUUUAGUUGUCAGGAAGUGGAUAUUUGAUAUGGAUACAGAAACAGUAGAUAUGGGAUCAUUAAUUUCUGAAUUCAGUGAAUAUUCUUUUCCAUUAAUUCAUUCUUUGACAUAUCUCAUUGCUUUUGCCAAGAAAAUCAUUAAAAAGAGGAUAUUUCCUGAUGAAAUCGUACCAGAAAUGCGUGGAGAGUGGUAUAUGUACAUAAUGUUUAGAUUAGUGAACUGUAAAAAGUUUGAAUUUACAGAAAAAGAGAUUAACGCACUCCAUCCAACAAAAGCUGUCCCUGACUACCCUGACAUUGACGAAUGGGCUUUUGAUAACAAAGAUAUGGCCCACGACCCCUUGAAGAAAAUUGUUUUCCCAAAAAUUCCUCAAGAAUACCUUUAA